AUGGAGUACAAGCAGCCUCCUCGUGUGCGUCAAAGGAUGGAGUACAAGCAGCCUCCUCGUGUGCGUCAAAGGAUGGAGUACAAGCAGCCUCCUCGUGUGCGUCGCAGGAUGGAGUACAAGCAGCCUCCUCGUGUGCGUCGCAGGAAUGAGUACAAGCAGCCUCCUCGUGUGCGUCGCAGGAUGGAGUACAAGCAGCCUCCUCGUGUGCGUCGCAGGAUGGAGUACAAGCAGCCUCCUCCUGUGCGUCGCAGGAAGGAGUACAAGCAGCCUCCUCGUGUGCGUCGCAGGAUUGAGUACAAGCAGCCUCCUCGUGUGCGUCAAAGGAUUGAGUACAAGCAGCCUCCUCGUGUGCGUCGCAGGAUGGAGUACAAGCAGCCUCCUCGUGUGCGUCGCAGGAUGGAGUACAAGCAGCCUCCUCGUGUGCGUCGCAGGAUGGAGUACAAGCAGCCUCCUCGUGUGUGUCAAAGGAUGGAGUACAAGCAGCCUCCUCGUGUGCGUCAAAGGAUGGAGUACAAGCAGCCUCCUCGUGUCCGUCGCAGGAUGGAGUACAAGCAGCCUCCUCGUGUGCGUCGCAGGAUUGAGUACAAGCAGCCUCCUCGUGUGCGUCGCAGGAUGGAGUACAAGCAGCCUCCUCGUGUGCGUCGCAGGAUGGAGUACAAGCAGCCUCCUCGUGUGCGUCGCAGGAUGGAGUACAAGCAGCCUCCUCGUGUGCGUCGCAGGAUUGAGUACAAGCAGCCUCCUCGUGUGCGUCGCAGGAUGGAGUACAAGCAGCCUCCUCGUGUGCGUCGCAGGAAUGAGUACAAGCAGCCUCCUCGUGUGCGUCGGAGGACGGGGCUCUCCUCCCGACUGGGUCUGCAAGUGAUUCAGCUAUGGCUUGCGCUUGCACAUGACUGCUCUGCCAACGGUGGUGACUCAAAUCAAUGGGAGGCCACAGUGAAGAUCGAUAACAAAACGAAUACCAAGUACCAUGAUGGCGGCAUGGUGGUACUGGGGCCGACAAUCGUCAGGUCUACUCCGCGCAGGUUGAUCGAGCGGCGAAGUUCAUUCUCCGGGGGCGGCGUAAGCACGGAGGCUGAGCGUCACUUGAAGUCCGGUAUUCCUGGCGCCAUGAUGAGCUAA